AUUAGCCCGAAACGACGUGAAUGGUGUUAGUAUUGUUUUUCCCCCCGUCUUCUUGAAAUCCUUUUAAUAUAUAAAUGGAAAAACGACGGGUUGACGACUGUUCAGCCUUACCCAAAGGCUGGAAAAGAGAAGAAGUGAUCAGGAAGUCUGGUCUAUCGGCCGGCAAAUCGGAUGUUUACUACUUCAGCCCAAAUGGAAAGAAAUUUCGAAGUAAACCUCAACUGGCCAGAUUUCUUGGAGAUUCAUUUGAUCUUAGUACAUUUGACUUUAGGACAGGUAAAAUUUCUGCUGCAAGUAUCAGGAAAAGUAAACGACUUCGGAAUGUUCACUAUGACUACAGUAAAGGAACUCGGCAUGAUGCAACCCUUAUUUUACCAAUACGACAGACGGCUUCCAUCUUUAAACAACCAGUAUCCAGUAUCACUAACCAUCCUAUCAGUAAAGUACGAGCUGAAGGAAAGCAGGAUCUCACAGACCAACCCAAACAGGUAAUAACCAGUAUUUAUCAUACAACUGCUCUAUGUAAUGUUGGUUGUCUGAUAAUUAAAUUCUUUCUAUUUUGCUGGUAUAUUUGUGGUAAAAAUCAUCCUGUUUUUUUUUUUCCAGGUCUUGGCCCAGGCUACACAAAUGAAUCUCUGCUCCAGAGUUUAGCAACAAAUUUACAUCUAAGUACACAGCCAGUCACAGGACAGACAGCUACGCAGUCUGCAAUUGAGAAGAACCCAGGGGUGUACCUCAAUACAGAUCAGCCACUUUGUCCCAGAUUUGUCGUGACUGACGCAGACAUCAAAAAACAAGAAGACAAAGUAGUGGAGGCAAGAAAGAAAUUAGAAGAGUUAUUAUCAGAAGAGAUAGAAGUGGAUGAACAGGAAAAUACAGAAUGAAUGUUUCAGUGGUACCUUGCUUUGGAACAGAAAUUUUUCCUUUGUAGAUAACGUUUGUGUGUAUCCAACCCCCACCCACGUUGCCGUAAAGAAGUAUGUCAGAAUGUUAUUUCCUAUGGACAUUUUUACUUACAAUUUCCUACUCAACUCAACCGUUGAUAUCAGCAGUCCUGAAACUGGUUUCGAAUGAUAGGAUUUUUUUGUUUCAACAUUCAAGAUGCGGAUAUUGAUAAAGGUGUGACUCAUAUCGGCAUCCAAAUAUUAUUUGCAUGUCAUCAUACUGAAAUUAUUAAUUAAAAUAAUGAUUUUCUAUGAUAUGAAGUCAAAGGUAUCUUUCAACAGAGGAAAAGGAAUAAUGUAUUGUUCUUUAGUUUCUUUAACUCGAUUGGCUCCCAAUUGAUCCUCUCUUAUGUUACUAUGAACUAUUAUACAUUGUAUAUGGAACUAAAGUUAAACAGUUCUGUUUUUUGGUUUCCGUGAUAAUAAAUUUAAGUUUUAAUUA